AUGACAGCGCUUGGGGAGCAAGACGAAUUUUGCUCUGAUUUCCCCCGCAGCCGCAGCGUCGAUGAGAAGCAGUCGAGGAACUCCAUUCUAACUGAAUGGAUUGGCAUGGGGAGAAGCGGACCUCAGAUCACGGCUAAGCUGCAGCUUUGGGACUGUGUAACGCUGACGAUGGUUGUUAUUUCGCUACUCUAUCCACCAGCCUCUUGUCAGCAGUGUCGCAUCCAACGCUGCAAUGCUGAGUACGUGGCAUCUACCUCACCCUCCAAUGGCCUGCAGGAGGACAUGCCGCCCGACGUGGACUACUGCAUUGCGUUGCGGGCCUACGCCUUGUGCACCCGUCGGCAGGCCCGGAGCUGCCGCGGCGACCUGGUCUACCACUCAGCCGUCUUCCGCAUCAAGGAGUUAUUCUCCCAGCACAACUGCUCCAGCGACGGACCAACAUCCUCCGCCAAGGUCCCCAGCACAUCCCGGCCGGCCGUGUCGGAGCUGUGCAACUACGAGAACCGGGUGCUCGCCGCCGGUUCGGGGGGCCAGCAGAAGAAGUACGCCCACUGUGGAUUAUUCGGAGACCCGCACCUACGGACUUUCCGGGACGAGUUCCAAACCUGCAAGGUGGAAGGGGCGUGGCCGCUGAUCGACAACCGAUUCCUGUCCGUGCAGGUGACCAACGUGCCUGUCGUCCUUGGCUCCAGCGCCACUGCAACCAGCAAGAUCACGGUCAUCUUCAAGUCGUAUCAUGGCUGCACGGACCAGAAAGUGUACCAGGCUACCACAGAUGACCUGCCGUUGGCCUUUCAGGAUGGCACUCGUAGCGGCGGCGAGAGUGGUAGCCUGACCAUCGCGGAGCGGGGCGGCUCCGGAGCAGGCCGCCAGGUGAAGAUCCAGGCGCGUUACAUCGGCACGUCCAUCAUCGUGCGGCGCGUGGGCAGCUACUUGACCUUUGCCAUCCGUAUGCCCGAGGACACGCUGGACUUUUCCGAGGACAAUGGUGGCCUGCAGCUCUGCCUGCACGGCUGCCCGCGCAACGAGCUCAUCAAGGAACACACGCUCGGCCGCCAGAGCAAGCAGCACCGACAGCCGGGCGCCGCCACUGAGUUGGGUCCGCUACGGCCCCCCCACCAGGGCUACACGGUGGAGCGAGCCACGGCCAAGUGUCGGGAGACUCUGCAGGUGGAGGACGUUUACUUCCAGUCCUGCGUGUUCGACCUACUGACCACGGGAGACCCCGAGUUCUCCAUGGCGGCUUACGGUGCCCUGGAGGAUUUAAGGGCGCUGCCACCUAGCAAACUCAAGCAGAACUCCCCGAGGAGUCCGCGUCUUUACAACAGAGGAGCGUCACAGACCGUAGCAGUCAACGGCCCAGCUUCCGUUGUCACACUCGUACUCCUCAUUGUGCUGCUUUUGUAAAAAAAUAUAUACAAUACAUUAUUUGGAAAAAGACUGGUGGAAGCAUCACCAGCUUGAGGGAAGACUGACAAGAACGCCAUCCUAAUAUUUGUUAAUUCGGAACUGUUAUAGCUUUUGAAGGAUUGCAAUAUGGCAUGGAUUCACACAAGACAAUAACCUGUUCCGUCAUUUGCCUUUUUUUUUUUGUACAUACAAACGCUUCACUCCAUGUUUGUAAUAUCGUGCACACUCUGCCAUGCAGCGUCUCCAACCAUAGCAACAGCACUUACCAUUAUCAACAGGCAUGUUUUGUGUAUUUAAAUGUUAUUUCACAGCAUGGCAUGCUAAAUACACAAGCUCCAACAACUGAAUGUAAAAACUACCUAUCCACCUUACAGUAUGUAAACGUGAUUCAUUUGGUCAUUCUAUAAAACACUCCCCCUUCAAGCUGUUUGGCUGCAAGUUUUAAAAGGUAAAGGGAUAAAAAAUCUUUAUAUAAUAAUAUAUUAAAAGCGUGUAUAUAUGUGUUUUAUAUUGUGUACAUUUGCUGAUGUAUAGUUGUUUUAUCUCUAAUAUGUUUUACAUUUGUUGUGUUCUCUAGGCUAUUUUAGUAAAUAAGCUGUGUUCUUCCCUAUGUAAUUUUCCAUAUUAAAGUGUU